AAAUUCGUUAUGCUGUCUUUGUCUCGGGGGGAAACAGAGGGGGUUCAAUGUGCCCCCUCUUCCUCUACUAUAUAAGCGACUGUAGUAUUAUUGUUUUGGAUUAUGUAAGAAGUCAAGUGCAGUACUGAAAAGUGAAAACAUGUUACUGAAAUUCGUUCCUCUUAUAGCACUAUGUGCCGUGUCUUUAGCCAAAGACGAUAAGAAAUGGGUUUGGGGGGAUAACAGACGCGACCAAACCAGUGGUCGUGUAAAUUUUGACAGAGAAGGACGCUACGAAGUCUAUGAACCCCAACAAUUCCGACCUUCAGAAAACUACUACGAAAGACCCCACAUCCAGUACAGGCCCACCAACCGACCUGGGGGAGUUUAUGGCAGCAUUGGUGGCAACUAUGGCCAAGGCCACCUCUACCCCCAACACCCAACCGACAGCUCCCUCGAAACGGGGAUUUUAACCGGCCCUGUACCCUCUUGGGUCAAAGAAGGCCCUUUCAAAAACUACGACAAGUGCAAAUGUACCGAAAAAUUCAACUGUAACUCUCCUGGAAUUUCCUACGGGCAUUGCGACGUCGGCAAACAAUAUUGUUGUUACUCCACGAAAAAAUCCGAGCAAGUUGGCGGCCCUUUGCCCAGCCGGCCCCAAUACUCCGUCGAGAAUGGUGUUUUAGUGGGGCCUGGAGGGCCGGUUGAUGUCCCAAGACCGGGAGGGUUUAAUAGGCCGAGACCUGGGGGUGGGUUUGGGUUAGGAGGUGGCCGGGUUGAGUAUGGCCCUAUUAGCAAUCGGCCGGUGCAUUCGCCCGAAAAUGGGAUUUUAAUUGGGCCAGGAGGGCCGUUUGAUAGACCCACAGGGGGGAGGCCUGGAGUUGGAGGAGGUUAUGGGCUCAGUAGGGCCGGCAAAAAUGGAAAUUGAGGGCUCCAAGGCAAUUGUAAUACAAAUCAGAAGACUGCUUAAUGUUACAAACCAAAUAUUUGUAUUGAUUUUUAAUUAAUUUUAACUAUUUUAACGCUUAUCACUUGUCACGUUUGUUUUUAUUUAUUCUAGCAAUAACAAAUUGUUAAAAUGUGUUUAAUAUUCGUCGUUCCAAAUUGUUAAAUAAAGAAAAAUAUCAUUUU